AUGAUGCAGGAGGAUGCUGCUGAGGCCAGCCAGCCGGGAAAGCAGUGAAGAGAGAAAGGUGGUGGAGCCUCCAUCAGGGCAGAAAAGAUUCAGGACACUAAGAGAAGCCAGAGGCUGGGGAGGGGCUCACUGUGGGGCUUAUUAGGAGGCAAGUAGACUACAAAGUCUUCUUUCUAGGGGUCAUGCUGCGUUAGAAUGAAAGGGAAGAAAAGUGGUCAUUUUAGGAACCAAUCAGAGAAUUAGCUAUUUCAGGAGUCAGCCAGACAUCUCAGGGAUUCAAGGGCAAUGAAGCUUGAAGAAAAACUCGAGUGCAAUGGGAGUGUGGUAGGAAGGAGUCAGCCAUACCUGGGUGAAAAUCACCAGGCAAAUGGGAAACCAAAGGCAAAUGGGAAAGCUGAGGUCUAUGUUAAGCAAGAGGCAAAUGGGAAGUGCAAGGAGCCCAGGAAAAGUCUCAACCUGUACACCUGGCAGGAGAUCCAGAGACACAAUCAGGACUCGGACCAGUGGCUGGUGAUCAGUCGUAAGGUUUACAAUGUCACAGCCUGGGCUGACAGGCAUCCAGGUGGGCGCCGGAUCCUCAACCACUAUGCCGGGGAAGAUGCCACGGAUGUUUUCAGAGCCAUGCACCUGGAACAUGAUGUUGUACAGUUGUACCUUAAGCCACUGCUCAUUGGUGAGCUUGCCCCAGAAGAACCCAGCCAGGAGAGAAACAAAAAUUCACAGUUGGUGGAAGAUUUCCAAGAACUGCGGAGGACAUUAGAGGCUAUGAACAUGUUCGAUGCUAACUUUGGGUUCUUCUUCCUUCACCUCGCCCAGAUCUUGAUUUUAGAAGUCCUGGCCUGGCUAAUCCCAUAUCACUUUGGCAAUGGCUGGACUGUUACAAUAUUCGUUGCCUUUCUUCUCACAGUUUCUCAGGCUCAGAGUUCAUUUUUACAGCAUGACAUAGGACACCUUUCCAUAUUUAAGAAGUCCAAAUGGAACCACCUGAUGCACAAAUUUGUGAUGUGUCAUCUCAAGGGCUUGUCUGUAAACUGGUGGAAUAACCGACACUUUCAACAUCAUGUAAAACCAAACAUCUACCCCAAAGACCCAGAUAUUGACAUGGGCCCACUUUUUCUGCUUGGAGAUACGCAACCUGUCAAGUAUGGCAAGAAGAAAAUCAAAUACAUUGACUAUGAAAAGCAGCACCUGUACUUCUACAUGGUUGGGCUCCCUCUCCUCAUGCCUGUGUAUUUCAAUCUGCAAUCCAUGCAAAUGAUGUACCUUAAGAAGUACUGGGUGGACAUUGCCUGCGUCAGCAGCUUUUAUAUCCGAUAUUUCAUCACAUUCAGCCCUUUCUAUGGAAUUUUUGGAAGCUUUCUGCUCAUAUAUUUGGUCAAGUUUCUUGAAAGUCCCUGGAUUGCCUAUGUUACCCAGAUGAGCCACAUUCCAAUGAAAAUGAGCAAAGAGGAGAACCGGGAUUGGCUCAGCACUCAGGUUUUGGCCACUUGUAAUAUUGAACAGUCCUUUUUCAACGAUUGGUUUACAGGGCACCUGAACUUCCAAAUCGAGCACCAUCUCUUCCCCACGAUGCCGCGGCAUAAUUAUCACAAAGUGGCACCUCUAGUGAGAUCACUGUGUGCCAAGCAUGGAUUGAAGUACGUGAAUAAGCCCAUGUUGCGAGCGUUUGGAGAUAUCGUCAGGGCCUUGAAGAAAUCUGCAGCCCUUUGGAUGGAUGCCUACUAUGAAACAUGAAGCAGAACAUCUGCCUUAACAUGUGUUUAAUUGCAUCUCUGAUGGGGGGUGGUGGAUGUGCAAGAGCUCCUCCCUGCUUAACUGGGAAUUAAUUAGCACAUUGGCAUGUCUGAGUGUGCCAGGAAUAAUCAUCCCACAGACAUAUGAUAACCCUCUCCAACAAGAUCUCUGCGAAUGAGAAACAGAACAAACACAAGAUUACUUUGGCCAGGAUUACAAAAGGGAAAAGGGAGCUCAUUGUUUUUAUUUUUUCAUUAGGAUCUUGAACUUAACAGACCUUAGUUGGGUCAUCUCAAUCAAGGGGCAGAAGUGCAGGAACUAGGUAAAAGUUUUACUGAAGAAGUAGAGAUAGGAUAAGUGGAGAAAGCCAAAGGAGAAACAUCUGAUGGGGUACUUUGGAAAACAAUGUACUUGCUUUUGGAAAAUAAUGUUGUAUUUAACAAAUUUCUAUUGAAGCACAAAUUUUUAUUUCUUUUCAAAUAUAUGAACUUUUUCUUUAAAAUUAAACAUGAUUAACAUUAAAAUCUCUUCAAAUAUUUCAA